GGACACAGGUAUAAUCAUUGCAGUAAAAAGUCACUUGUGGUUAAAAACAUACAAACACUGUUUCCAGAAACAAGAACAAUAUCUUGUAUCACUUAGUGUUUGGCUCAGUUAAGGCCUCAUUUAAUCGACAUUUAAAUGUGUAUAUAAAUUCCUCAACACAGCAUGGAAAGUGGAAACAUUAUGAGUCACAAACAUAUGACUUGUCCAUCUAGGAAGCCUGAGCACACCUAGUUGUUCACGACUCCCAUAGCAGUCUUGUUUAUUCCUUUAUCAGUCCCGCUUUGAGUGAGAUGCAACACAAUAUUACACUGUAGUCACAUUCCUUGAAUGUGUAACGCAUACUUGGCCGAUAAAGCUGAUUCGUAUUUGUCUUUGUGAUAACUGGACAAUGUACUUGCUGUUGUAAAUACCCGUCGCUAGAGGGAGAGAAACGCUCCCUUAACGUCUCCCCGGCGGAAGUGGGAAGUAGGAAGAGCCGUACAGCUGUGCUCGGUGGCUAACAGAGGAGCUAACAGGCGAAACCUCCGCUUCACUCAAAACAAGACGCCGCGACAGAUACGUUGACACGUCGUAUCCGACAUGGGGAAAGGCGGAGGCACUUUUGAGAGGCUGCUGGAUAAAGCCACCAGUCAGUUGCUGCUGGAGACUGACUGGGAAUCCAUCCUACAGAUCUGUGAUCUCAUUCGACAAGGAGACGCACAAGCUAAGUCUGCUAUCGGGGCCAUUAAGAAGAAGCUGAAUGACAAAAAUCCCCAUGUGGCCCUCUAUGCUCUUGAGGUCCUGGAGUCAGUGGUGAAGAACUGUGGCCAGACGGUCCACGAUGAGGUGGCGAGUAAACAAACUAUGGAGGAACUGAAGGAUUUACUCAAGACGGAAGCGAAUGUAAGGAAUAAGAUCCUGUACCUGAUCCAGGCCUGGGCUCAUGCCUUCCGCAACGAGCCCAAAUAUAAGGUGGUCCAAGACACUUAUCAGAUCAUGAAAGUGGAAGGUCAUGUGUUCCCCGAGUUCAAGGAGAGUGAUGCGAUGUUUGCAGCUGAGAGAGCCCCUGACUGGGUUGAUGCUGAGGAGUGCCACCGGUGCAGAGUCCAGUUUGGAGUUAUGACAAGAAAGCACCAUUGUCGAGCCUGUGGCCAGAUCUUCUGUGGCAAGUGUUCGUCGAAGUACUCCACCAUCCCAAAGUUUGGCAUAGAGAAGGAAGUGCGUGUUUGCGAGCCCUGCUUCGAGCUGCUUAACAACCACCCCACUCUCUCUCCUCCACUUAGGAAAGCUGAAGGGAAAGCCCCCACCCCAGGCCCUGUGGAGCUGCCUCCUGAGUACCUGACCAGCCCGCUCUCUCAACAAUCCCAGGUAGAAAUGCCUCCCAAGAAAGAUGAGGCAGCCCUGCAGGAGGAAGAGGAGCUGCAGCUCGCCAUUGCCCUUUCCCAAAGCGAGGCGGAGGAGAAGGAUCGAGCGAGGCAUAAGAACUCCUACUCGAUGUAUCCCAAAGUGGAUCCCACUCCAGUGACUUCCUCGGCUCCACCGGUCAGCACGCUCUACACUCCUCCUGUGAACUCCUCUGCUCCAUCAGCUGAAGAUGUAGACCCUGAGCUGGCUCGUUACCUGAACAGAACAUACUGGGAGAAGAAGCAGGAAGAGGCUCGCAAGAGUCCCACCCCCUCAGCUCCUGCCCCUGUGCCAUUGGCUGAGCCUCUUCCACCAAUCAGUCAGCCAGUAGAAAUUCAUGUCCCUGUCCAGCCGGUCAGCAUAGUGGAGCAGCAGUACCAGAACGGGGAGUCGGAGGAGGACCACGAGCAGUUUCUGAAGGCUCUGCAGAACUCCGUCACCACCUUCCUUAACCGCAUGAAGAGCAACCACAUGCGCGGGCGCAGCAUCACCAACGACAGUGCCGUGCUCUCGCUCUUCCAGUCCAUCAACAACAUGCAUCCACAGCUGCUGGACAUCCUCAACCAGCUGGAUGAGAAGCGAUUGUACUAUGAGGGGCUGCAGGACAAGUUGGCUCAGGUGCGCGAUGCUCGGGCAGCCCUCAACGCGCUUCGGGACGAACACCGAGAGAAGCUCCGUCAUGCCACAGAGGAAGCGGAGAGACAGAGGCAUAUCCAGCUGGCGCAAAAACUGGAGAUCAUGAGGCAGAAGAAACAGGAGUACCUGGAGAUGCAAAGACAGUUGGCCAUCCAGCGUCUCCAGGAGCAGGAGAAGGAGAGGCAGAUGCGUCUGGAGCAGCAGAAGCACACGAUCCAGAUGAGGGCCCAAAUGCCUGCGUUCUCUCUGCCCUACGCUCAGUCUUUGCCCCCCAAUGUUGCGGGAGGGGUCGUGUACCAGCCCGGUGCUCCACCCAGCUACCCGGGUACCUUCAGCCCUGCAGGUUCUGUGGAGGGUUCACCUAUGCACAACGUCUAUAUGAACCAGCCUGGGCAGACUGCACCACCACAGUACCAGGCCAUGCCCAGUGCUGCCCCAGAACCCAAUAUGGUAAAUGCAUACGUGUACCAGGCUGCAGGCAGUAACGGGCAGCCUGCUCCUCCACCUGGUCAGGCUCCGCCCACAACUAGUCCACCCUACUCCAACUAUCAGCCCACACCCACACAGGGCUACCAGAAUGCUGUCUCUCAGGCCCAGAGUUUGCCCCCGAUGCCCCAGCCUGCCCCCACCAACGGUAUGGGUUACGUGGGCUACCAGCCAUACGCCAUGCAGAACAUGAUUUCAGCAUUGCCAGGACAGGACCCCAAUAUGCCCCCACAACAGCAGUACAUGCCCGGCCAGCCGCCCAUGUACCAACAGGUUGCUCCCCCUGGCGGCCCACAGCAGCAACAGCAGCAACAACAACAACAACAGCAACAGCAGCAGCAGCAGGUCCCUCAGGAUGUGCCUGGCAGUACAGAGGCACAGCUCAUCUCCUUUGAUUGAAAGCCUGCAUGCUGCAGGGUCUGACACACUACACCCUCUCGCCUCCUUUGGUCUUUCCCCUCACUAUUCAGACUUUCCGCCCUCUGGAAUCACACACACCUCCCACCUCCUACCUUGCUGUGAUGUCGUGGCAAUGUAAACUAUUGUGAUGAUGUUGCAGAACUGUCGCUCUCCUUACCUCUCCCCCACUGUAGUAUGGGUAUGCAGGGUGAAGCUGCAAGAGAGGGCACCUUAACCCUCUUUCGCCCUCUUCCUCCCUCUUUCCAGCUGAUAUGUAUGUAGUAUGUCCUCAUUAUAUGACUAACUGAAGGUCAGAAAUAGUCAGUGGUAUUAAACCAAAAAAAAGGAAGUAUGAUAAUAAUUGAGGACAAAAAGGAAAAGACAUAACCAUCCUUUGUCUCCUAUUUUUCUAAAGCAAAAUCUGCAUGUUAAAGUUUAAUUAUUUUCUGAAAUUGAGGUGAAUUAUUGCAACGUAUUCUAUCAGUUUGGGCAGUGAUUGAGAGAUAUCUUUAAGUGCUGAGAUUGUGGGUGCGAUGUCUAGGGAGAGAAAGCACAGUCAAAGGCCUGACGCGUAUGGCUCCAACUCAGAUCUCCAUCAUGGUCACAGCGUGCCAUUGCAGCUGUAGGUUCCAUCCCAACUGGGGACGUCUUGCUUUGGCAUUCAUUUGUUGUGCACUGCUUGGAUUAACAAGUGUCUUCAUGUACUUUCUUAGAAUAACGAAACCUAUUUCAGGGAUUGGGCAUUGGGGGAGCAGUGUUAGAACAUUAGCUGGGUGGUUGUUUAAUCCUCAAAAAUAGUUUAAUACAUUUAAUAGUUAAAAAUGACACAGCUCGUGACCAUGAAACAAACUACAGUCGCUCUAGUAGCAGCCUGCAUCUCUUUAUUAAAAUGAUUUGUGUUGCCGAUGCAAGUAAAUUAACCUAUAAAAACCUCCGGCCACCCCUUGACGUCUGCAUUGGGUUGCAACUGUCACAGAUGAGGACAUUUACGUCGUAAAUAAAGGUGGGCGCUCGUUUCUAACUUGUACUUUACUCUCCAGAAAUGUGGAAAUGCUAGCAGAGCAAACAUGUGCCGCAUGUAUGUAUGUAUCACGCACCCAAUCAGUGAUUCCUGUAACUCUUCAGUUGCCAUCUGUGAACUUCUUUAUUGCAUCAUACUGAUCUGUCUGACUUUAAAAUUAAUUUUAAAAUUAUAUUUAAUAAAUAUCUGGUUCUUAUUGUC